AUGUCAAACCCCUCUCCAUCUCUGUCCGACUCGGAAAUUCCAACAAACUGCCCAUACGACCUAACGCUGUCAAUCGACGAACUAUUGGCACCGAGCAAACGACCACGUAACAGCAAGAAACCACCACCGCGUCCACCAAACAGUUGGAUAUUAUUUUCGAAAGAUUACGCAGCCAGGUUAAAAUUACUUUCCAACGGCUCUGGUGCAGACGCUCAAAAGAUUGUCAAAAAUGCAAAACCCGAAUGGGACAAGUUAAGCGAUGAUGCAAAAAAGUGGUUUAACGGUUUGGCCGAGAUUGCCAAACGUCGUCACAAGGCCAUGUAUCCCGAAUACAAAUUUAAACCUCGACCACGGGAAAGAAGACGAUCUUCGAUGAAUCCGCUGGGAAGACCGGAAUUCGCUUAUGAUCCCGUUGACAAAUCUUACGUUUACGCAAUAGAUGAUGACGGCAACAAUUUUGAGUUUGCAAGAGAGGACGCAAGUUUGGGAGAAAUUGUAUUAUCGGACGAUAACAGAGCGACGAGCGUGCAAAAUAGUUCGCUUAUUCCAUUAAUACCAAAUUUCAAUUUAGAAUAUAUGCGUAUGAACAAUAACUCUUACAAUCCUCCGUUAUUUGCUCCAAUUUUAUAUAAUGAAAAUUAUGGAAUGACGUCUCCUUCUUUUGAAGAUGGGAGCGGGCUUUAUGGAAAUUAA